UAUAUUCUCUACGUACUCGGAGCAGAGGAAGAGGUUAAUCUUCGCGAUGGCAAGAACCAAGCAGACGGCUCGUAAAUCCACCGGCGGCAAAGCCCCGAGGAAGCAGCUCGCUACUAAAGCCGCCCGGAAGAGCGCCCCAGCCACCGGCGGCGUCAAGAAGCCCCACCGUUACAGGCCCGGGACCGUGGCUCUCCGAGAGAUCCGCCGUUAUCAGAAGUCCACCGAGCUGCUGAUCCGCAAACUGCCUUUCCAGCGCUUGGUGCGAGAAAUCGCGCAGGAUUUCAAGACGGACCUGCGCUUCCAGAGCUCCGCCGUCAUGGCCCUGCAGGAGGCAAGCGAGGCUUAUUUGGUCGGUCUGUUUGAGGACACCAACCUGUGCGCCAUCCACGCCAAGAGAGUCACCAUCAUGCCCAAAGACAUCCAGCUGGCGCGCCGCAUCCGCGGAGAGCGCGCUUAAACCCGCCGCUGCAGCCGCACCCCAAAGGCUCUUUUAAGAGCCACCAACACCGCACUGAACGAGACCGUUUCCACUGUAUCUGAACCCAAAUAUAACUUAUAGCAAGUACAAUUGCGCUCACGAGC